AUGAAGCUAUAGAAAGCUUUAGAAUCAUAGAAAGCUCCAAAUCUGAUACUAUCAGAUUAAAUACUAAAUGAAGAAGGUUGUGUAACAGUUGCCUAAUUUUUGGCUCAGAAUACACAAUUUAUAAACAUCGAAUUAAGAGGAUGUAAUAUAAAUGGAAAAGGAUUUGAAAGAAUAUGUCGAUCAAUUAGUCCUGAAGCAAGAACUUUGAUAGCUGAAUGGAAUGCUAUAGGUGGAGGUGUAAGUGCCUUAUGUGAUUUAUUAAUGAAUCCAUCAUAUCAAUUGCAGUUAGUUGAUCUAAAAAAUAAUAGAAUAUAAGCAGAUCAUUGUGCUAGAAUUUGUUAGAUGUUAAAAUAAAAUACAACAUUAUAAUCAUUAAAUUUAAAAUGGAAUGAGAUAGGAGAAAAGGGAGCUCAAUAUUUAUUAGAAGGAUUAAAUGGCAAUAGGAAUUUGAAAUUCUUAGAUAUAUCUUGUAAUAAGAUACCAGAAGGAUUAGCAACAUAAAUAAGAGAAAGAAUUGAAUAAAAUAGAUCAUCUGAUUUGAUGGCUAAGAAUUCAACUGGUAUUAAAGAAUCAUAAAGAAAUGUUUAUCAACCUAUUAAAACAAUACCAAAAACAGCAGCAACAACUACAAAUGUACCUGAUAGAGCCAAUAAAAAAAAUGAUGCUAUUAGAGUUGCUUAAUUAAAGGAAUAAAUUGAUUAAGAAUUAAGAUAAAAUAGAUUAAUGAAUGAAGAACUUACAAAUAGAAUGAAUGCCUUAAGAUAAGAAAUAUUAAGUAAAGAAUAAGCUGUUAGUAUGGCAAAAAGACAUUUUGAAGAAGAAGUUACUAGAAAAUCUAUUAUUGAAGCUGAAUACACUUAAGUUAAAAGACAAUUCGAUUAACUUGGUAAAGCUAGUGAUUAUAGAUAAUAAGAGGUGAUGAAUGAAUAUGUUGCUAAAAAUAAACAUGUUUUAGCAUUAGAAAAUGAAUAUAUGCAUGAAUUAUCUUAAAUUAGACAUGAUAAUAAGGUUUAUAUUUAAAUUUAUUUAUUUAGCAAUAAAUUGAUUAAAUUAAUGCAAAUUGGUAACCUAGAUUAGAUGGAAUUCAGAGUAAAUUCAAUUCUUUGAUGAAAGCUAAUGAUUAAUAUAAUUAGUAACUUUUAAGAAUGAAAGAAUUCUUCUUAAAAAUGAGAUUAGAUCAUGAUGAAAAUGUUAAAGCUGUAGAAGGUAGACUACUUAUUGAGGAAAAAGCUAGAUAUAAUCAUUAAAUUGAAUUAUUGAAAAAGAAGGAAAUGGAAUCUUAACAAACUUUAAAGGUAUUUCUAAAUUAAUAAUUAAGAGAGCUGAAAAUGAAAGUUAAGGUAUCGAAGAUAAUAUGUAAAGAUUAGAAAACAAUCUAACUAGAGAUAGACAAUUAAUUGAGGAAUAAAUACAAUAAGAAAGAGAAAGGGUUCAUUAAACACAUUUAGAAAUAAGCAAAAGAAGUAUUAAAUAAGAAAAAAUGAUUAAUAAUAAUAUUGUUCUGGAUCAUCAUAUUGACAAUCUAAUUAAAAAAAUAGAUGAAACAUUUUUCAUUUUAAAUAUUUAAAAGGGUAAUAGAUGUAUUCUAUUUUUAGAUAGAGGAAUAGACGAUAUUUAAUAAAGGAGAUUGUUAUAAGAAAGAUAAUAUGCUUUACAUAAAACUAAUUUAUAGUUAUAACAUUAGAGAAUUUUAGAAUUAGAAAGAUUAAUGAGUAAUUAAGAAGGAAAUAAUAUUAAAUUAAGGGCUGAAUAUGAAAAAUUAUGUCAUAUUGUUUAAGGAAAGGUUUAAAAUGCAGUUAUAGAAACUUGUAGGCUUAAUCUCUAAUUAGGAUGA